AUGACGGCCACUACGAGCCAGUACGAGGAAGCAAACAUGCUAGACGGGCCAAAACCUCUCUACCAAGGAGAUGAUACUCGUCAUACUAGCAAGAUGGAGCUUGCUGGCUGGUAUUGUUAUGGCUGGGCGGCCGAGGUGUUUACUGUGUGUGCUAUGGGCUCAUUUCUGCCUAUCACCUUGGAGCAAAUGGCACGCGAUCGGGGCUUUCUGUUAUCUGAUAAAACCACGCCAUGUAGCCCAACAUGGCACUCCAAACAAAUCGAUCAACAAGCUGGGUAUGAGGCCCAAGGUGCGGAUACUGGCCAGUGCAUAAUCUUCAUCCUUGGUGCAGAGAUCAACACGGCGAGCUUCGCCAUGUAUAUAUUUUCCCUCAGUGUCCUGAUCCAAGCUAUAUUGAUCAUCUCCAUGUCGGGUGCAGCAGAUCAUGGGAGCUAUCGUAAAACGCUUCUGGUCGGAUUUGCCUUUGUCGGCGCUAUCGCAACCAUGUUGUUCCUCGCUGUUGUCCCUCAAGUUUACUUACUGGGCGCCGCCUUGGCGAUAAUUGCGAAUACUUGUUUUGGUGCAUCUUUCGUGAUGUUGAACUCGUUUUUACCAGUUCUUGUUCGUCACCACCCUUUGAUACUUGAAAAGUGCCGGAAAGUUCAACCUGAAAAUGGUGCUCAAUCAAUCCCAGAUUCUUCCACGCCUCUACUGGCGUCUGGCUCAGGUGAUCUGGAAUCUUCUGAAAACUUGACCUCCCAUGAACUCAGCCUAUCCACCAAGAUAUCUUCCUUUGGAAUUGGAAUUGGCUAUAUCGGGGCGGUGACCCUGCAGAUAAUACUCAUUGCCGUCGUUGUGAUUACCCAUCAAACCACCUUUUCUCUUCGCUUGGUCAUGUUUAUGAUUGGGCUAUGGUGGUUUGUAUUUACUAUCCCAGCUAAUAUAUGGCUCCGCGCUCGUCCCGGCCCACCUCUUCUAAGCAAUGGGAAGCCGCUCAAUUCAUGGGCAGCCUAUAUGAUCUAUGCAUGGGUAUCUCUAGGAAAGACUGUUAUGCGUGCAAGUCGUUUGAAAGAUCUUCUUCUCUUUCUCGGUGCCUGGUUCCUUCUCAGCGACGGUAUUGCUACUGUCAGUGGGACAGCAGUGCUUUUUGCGAAAACAGAACUCGCUAUGAAGCCUGCAGCGCUGGGCUUGAUCAACGUUAUUGUCAUGAUUGCUGGCGUGUGUGGAGCAUUUUCCUGGAGAUAUGUUUCUCGGCUGCUUCAUCUUAGCGCAUCGCAGACAAUUAUCGCCUGCAUUAUCUUAUUCGAACUGAUUCCCCUUUACGGCAUCCUCGGAUUUCUUCCCUCUGUGCAGAGUGUAGGCCUUGGAUUACGACAGCCAUGGGAGAUGUACCCGCUGGGGGCUGUUUAUGGCCUUGUAAUGGGUGGACUCUCGUCUUACUGCCGAAGCUUAUUUGCAGAGCUUAUACCACCUGGAUAUGAAUCAGCUUUCUUCGCCCUUUUUUCGAUUACUGACAAAGGUUCCAGUAUCUUUGGACCGGCUGUUGUUGGAGCUAUUACAGAUAAAUAUGGUGGCAUCAGACCAGCGUUUGUCUUUCUAGCUGUCCUAAUUUUCCUUCCACUACCAUUGAUGCUACUUGUGGACCUUGCUCGUGGGAAACGAGAUGCUCUUGCAUUGGCAGCUGAACUGAAUGCAAGACCUCAGUAUGAGGCUAACAGUACGCAGGCUUCAGAAGCAUCAGAAGAAUAG